AUGGCAGAUCUCAAAGAGAGGUUAUUGCCACCAAAACCGGCAUCAGCUUUUACCUUGAGAGAGGUUGCCGGUCGACCAACUGCCUCUGGAAGACAUCCUUUUCAAGGGGUGGAUGUUUUGGAGGUGAAGAAGCGGGGCCAAGGUCUUAAAUCAUGGAUUCGUGUUGAUACGUCUGGAAACUCUCAGGUUAUGGAGGUAGACAAGUUUACUAUGAUGCGGCGAUGUGAUCUUCCUGCCCGUGAUCUCCGUCUUCUCGAUCCUGUGUUUGUUUAUCCGUCAACAAUCCUCGGUAGAGAGAAGGCUAUUGUUGUCAAUCUAGAGCAGAUACGGUGUAUUAUUACAGCAGAUGAGGUUCUUCUCUUGAAUUCCCUUGAUAAAUAUGUGUUGCAAUAUGUGAUUGAUCUCCAACGAAAGUUGACAACAGCCGGGGCAGGCGAGGUUGGCGACAUGGGCGAGGUCUGGCAAUCAGACAAUUCUGACAUGAACCAAAGGAGAGGCAAUAGGAAUUUUGAAAAUUUAUGUAGCAACACUUCCCCUGAUUAUUUACCUUUUGAAUUCAGGGCUCUUGAAGUUGCCCUUGAGGCAGCAUGCACAUUUCUUGACACCCAGGCGGCAGAGUUAGAAAUUGAGGCUUAUCCGUUGCUGGAUGAACUGACAUCAAAGAUCAGUACUCUUAAUUUGGAACGUGUUCGUCGGUUGAAAAGCAGACUUGUUGCCUUGACUAGGAGAGUUCAGAAGGUUAGAGACGAAAUAGAGCAGCUUAUGGAUGAUGAUGGUGAUAUGGCUGAAAUGUACCUUACCGAGAAGAAAAGCCGGAUGGAAAUGUCAUUUUAUGGUGAUCCGUCUAUGAUUGGGUAUAGAUCAGCUGAUGGUGCAUCCAUCUCUGCUCCAGUCUCUCCUGUUUCAUCACCACCCGACUCUCGGAGGCUAGAUAAGAGCUUGAGCAUGGCUAGGAGUCGACACGAAAGCAUGAGGAGUACCGAAAGUAAUACAGAAAAUAUAGAAGAGCUUGAAAUGUUGUUAGAAGCAUACUUUGUUGUCAUUGACAGCUCACUAAACAAGUUGACAUCGCUAAAAGAAUACAUCGAUGACACGGAAGAUUUCAUCAACAUUCAACUGGAUAAUGUGCGGAAUCAGCUUAUCCAAUUUGAGCUUUUGCUCACAACUGCAACAUUUGUGGUUGCAAUCUUUGGAGUGGUGGCAGGAGUAUUUGGGAUGAACUUUGAAAUUCCAUUAUUUAAUGUCCCAUCUGCAUUCCAAUGGGUCCUUAUAAUAACCGGAGUCAUUGGAGUUUGUAUAUUUUCUGCAUUUGUAUGGUUCUUCAAAUACAGAAGACUCAUGCCGCUUUAG